AUGGUGACACCACCGUCAGAGGCUUCGUGCCGCGACCCUGUCGACGCUACAGAGCUCGACGUGGCCGUUGCAACUCCGCCUGCAUCUCCUCCCAUGACAUCCACACCUCAACGAAGCAGAUCAGGUCAGCAACCGCGGCGCUUGAGACGUGAGCGCCACAAGAAGGAACGCUAUGCGCUACUCCACGCGAUGACUGCAGAGCAGCGCUAUGCUCACCUGAACCAAGAGACCAUCGAGAAACACGAGACCCAGCAGCGUCUCGAACGAGCGGCUGCUUCAGACAGUUCCAGUCAGCGCAUUGCCAUUGAUUUGAGCUUCGACAGCCUCAUGAACGAGAAGGAGCUUCGCAGUUUGGCCAAACAGCUGAAACUCUGUUACGGUGCUGUAAAAAAGAUGCCAGACCCGUUUCAGCUGAUCUUUUGCAAUCCCAGCGAGCAAUUAGAGCACUCGUUGGACCGCUUUGGCGCCAGCCACUGGCAUGUUCAGUGGCGACGCAAUGGUAACAGUAUUACCGAACACUUUCAGGCGGACCAACUCGUGUAUUUAUCGCCGGAUUCGCCACAUGUGCUGGACAAGAUCGAUCCUGAGAAGGUAUACGUAAUUGGUGGUCUUGUGGACAAAUCGCGCAAAAAGGGAGCAACGCUUGAUGCUGCCGUCCACGCUGGUGUCCCGACAGUUCGACUGCCGAUUCAGGAGAAUGUUCCAGAGCGACUGGACCAUAUUCUGAAUGUGAACACGGUAGUCGACGUGCUGAUUGUCAGUCGCGAGAUUGACGAUUGGUCACGAGUACUGGAGCUUGCGCUGCCACAGCGUAAGCGAAGCCAAGUGGGGCGGAAAGCUCUGCGACGUCGGCAGAAGCAGCAAAUGCUAUUUUCAGCAGCGUCAAAGUCAGGUCAAGCAAAGCAAGUCGUUUCUGGCCGGCAUGUAGGAAACAAGACGGAGCUGGAUGACGGUGUACCAGAAAGGCCGGGAGGAGAAGUGUCUCCGACAGAGAGUUUGGACCUGUGGCUAUGGGAUGCAGCAGCAUGA